AUGAGCUCAGGAAACCUGCUGCAGGGGCAGGUUCGCCCAGCCAGCUAGGGGGCUCCUGCCACCGCUGGCUACUCACUGCUCGCAGGGGGCUACAUAGAGCCAUGCUCUGGGCAGAGGCACAGCUCUUGGCUGCCCAGAAGGCUUAUAAGACUCCCACUGCCUACCGGAGCAGGACAGUGGGGCCUACACCAAGCUGGGCCUAAUGCAGGCAGCAAGUUUCUCCUGCAGCCCCCCUGGGCCCUGCUUGGGCAGCAUGAAACAGAAUGGGAGCUAGGACACCCCUGGCCACUGCAGAAGAGACCCAGGGCUGGCUAGAGAAGCAGAGAGCCAGGCCCAUGGCAAAGCCCUUCGCUGUGGCCCCCCUCCCCCUCACCACCCAUUAACACGCCCCAGGCUUGGGAGCCCUAAGUACUGGACACUCCCCCUUCAGCUCAGCUCUCCCCAAAGCUCCUGAACAAUGAGCCUUUUCUCCACUGCUUAGUAACUGAGAAACAGCUUCGCCUUGAGGGGCUGCAGGAAUGUGACUGGCUGGGCCCUGGCGCCAGGCACUAGGGAAACGCUGCACCCAACCCAGCCAACUGUAAACACAGCCAGGGGAAUUAGCUCACCCCACACCCAGCUCCAGUCCCCCUCCAUGCAGGCCCAUGGGACACUGGUGGCAUCAGUAAUGCCCUUAGUUCAGGGGCUAUGGUAGCUUUAUAGACAGGAACUGCCACCACAGCAAGCAGGUGCAGGGGACAGGCCGAGGCCUGGACACAGAGCUUCCCUCACCCCUGGAGGGAGAAAGAGACAGGCUACAGGUGGGGCCAUUGCUGGGGAUCUCAUGGGUGCACCACACAUGAGCCCCUAAGGGGGCCUCUGUCCAGGGGAGCAAACAAGCAGCUUGAGGGCCAGGAUCAUGUCUUGGGAGGGACUCAAGACCAUGGGAGAAGGCCCCAGGUCCACUUGACCCUGCAGCUGGGUUCCAGGCAGCACCCAUCAUUGACAAGUAUAAAAAGAGGCCGACUUGAAUUCCCACCGACUAAUGCCAGUGCAACCAAGGAGGGCUAGGAUCUGAGACUGCUGGGUUCUACUCCUGGCUUGGCCACCAACUGGCUGCAUUACCUUGGGCAAAGCAGGUGCACAGAUGCCCCUGUGAUGGCCACUAGGAAAAUCAUUUUCAGAAGUACACAAGUGACUUGGGAGCCAAUGUCCCAUUUUCAAAAGUGCCUUUGGAGCCAUUGGUUUCCUAGGAGAGUUCUGCUCCUAACUGCAGCAUCGGGGGGGGGAGGGGGGCAACAAAAAAAACCCUCUAUCUUGGUUCUUACAGGGGCUAAGACUUCCUUAUGUGCAUCAGUUUCCCCUCUGCAAGGCAGGGAUAAUAGGCACUGACCUACUGACAGCUCCACGGGAUCUGUGCUCCACCCCCUGCUUUGGAACAGUCUCUAGGGAGAACCCUUCAGGGGACAGACCCCCAAGGGGUCUCACUUUUCCUGCAGAGCAUCCUCCAACUGAAUCUCUGGGGCACCAGCACUCCUACUUCACAGCGGGAGCCCUGUUCAGCAAGUCCAAUUGGGAGAUGUUCCUGGAUAGACUUGGAGACCCCACACCCCGCCUUUGCAAGGACUCAAGUAGCAUUGUCAAAACAGUAGGUUUAUUAGUCAACUGGAACACAGCACAGCAAGUCCUUAGGUUGGCAGUCUCCAAGGUCCUUCAGGUUAGCCCAGACCCCAGCCAAGCUGCAGUGAAGCCCCUUUUCCAAGCACAGUCAUCUCUUUCCUUAGAUCCCUGGUGAGCACCCAGAUGCCUUCCAGCAGACUUUUAUUCCCCCUCCUUCACACCUUCCCAGUCCUUGGUUCUCGAGCUGGGGGAUUCUGCUCAGCUUCCCUGCAGAGAUGUGGGGAAAUCCAUCUCCCUCUGGGGCAUUGGUUGUUAGGUGUCCAUGUCCUGGUGACGGGGUUUGCCAUUGUCCUCUCAGAUUCUCCAUCGACAGGGGGUCAGCCUCCACCAGUCCUUUAAGGGCCCAUUCAGGUUCUGACAGCUAGACAUCAACCAUGCUUAUGUCUCUUAGCCUGCCCUGAGACAACAGUCUCCCCCAACCCCAGUAACCAUGCAAAAUAAAGGGGAAACUGAGGCACACAUUGGCUAAAUAAAAUGACAGAAAACUCCAUAGACACUGCUCUCUACAUCUCAAGGAUGGCAGAGGCUUCAUAGAGCAAUGUAAGAUAGGGGCUCGGAGAUGCUCCUAAGGAAGGUACUACAUAAGCCUACCUUACUGUCCCAUUCUGGGGUGCAGUCCAGACCAGUGAGGGGUUGGAUCACCACUUGCCCUGUAACCCUCAGUGCCUCACAGCUUUGCUGCUUUAGCUCCCAAUCUGCCACUCCCAGCCAGACUCCUAGUCACACCACAAGUGCCCGUUCAUAGCUGCAACCUGGUCCAGCAACACCGGCUUUCAGCCGCCUUGGUUACUACUCUCAGGAUGACCCCACCACACUCCCAGUCCCAGCUUCCCCCAAAGACGUGUGUUCUGCCCUGCCCAGCCCUCUCCUGGACAGUUCGGAUCUUCAUGUUUAUUGCCCCUGUAAAGAGUCAACAUUCAGUUUGUUGCUUUAAGUGGCAUUAAACAAACAGUUUGGUUUACAAACAGCACUGGAUUGUUUUUGAUUAACCACAAAACAAAGACGUAGGAUUAAGUGAAUUCGAGUGUAAGAGGUGAAAUUAGCUACAAGCAAAAACGAGUGAACACACAUCUGCAAGUCUAACCGUCUAGCAAGUUUUGGUUCAAAACUUGGUUUGAGAUGGUCUCACCCCCAGCCUUCCAGCAAGAUGGGGACUGUCCCUUUCCUGGGUCAGGCUCCCUUCCAGAGACAAAGGUGCAGGUGCCUUGGUCUUCUUAGGCAAAAGAGAUCGCUUGGGGUUCUCUGCCCUUUUAUAGUCCAGGGAACCUUAGGAGUGGGUCCUGCUGACGGUUACCCCUCAAAGCAAAGUUUCUGCAAGCUGUGAGGAAGGCAACAUGGAGUCUGGUGGGCAAAGAGGCCUCACGCUCCUUACAGUUCAGCCAAAAAGAAGGGGAAAUUCUUCUGUUUCCUGCCAUCUCCUCCCCCUGCUGUUUUGAGGACCCUGCUGCCCUCAAUUUGCACACAAGUAAACACAUUCCCUUCUUCAGGACAGACCACUAACACCUUUGCCUAGGCGGGGCUGUGGCAUUUUGAACAUGUCCCAUUGUACAGGGGGAUUUCAUAACUUUACAUGAAGUUAUUAGUUUUCAAAUGAUCCCUCACACGACUUAUUUUGUGCAAUGGCAUGUAAGGUGUGAAUACAGGGGUGCUUUCCACCACCACCACUAAUACCACAAUGUAGCCACUUCUGGGGUGGAACACGACAGCUGCUUACCAACCCUCAGCACCACUACACAGUGCAGGGGAAGCAAGGCAGGUCAUCUCACCCACUUCAUGGGGGACCCCUCUGUGCACCCCAGAUCUGGCUGCAUGAGCCACUAGGGUCCUCAGAUCCUGGGGAGCACCAGUCCAACCGAGGCAGCUCAACAGUGCUGUCCCUUUAAGACGCCUGUUUGCCAUGCCAGGGGACUUGACCUCAGCAUCCUCAGCUGAGUUGGAUUAAGGGGGAGGAGGGGUUGAUGCUUGGGCUGGUUUUUUAAUGCUUUUAAAAUUCUCACUCCCAAGCUGCUUUCCCAGCCCCCUCCCCCUGGAGCCCAGGACAGCUAUUCCUUGGCUUCCAAAGUUUGGUACCAGCCAGAGCCGCCAGCCUGGCCAUUUACAGACCCCGCAGCAGGCGGACUGAGCUCACCCAGAGCUGAGUUUCCUUGGUUAGACGCCCAGGGCUGUGGAUGUUCCUGGUGAAGGAUCAAACCCCAGUCACGGCCCUUGGAAGCGGCUUUGCGCUGUCGCAGUGAUUAGGAGCGGCCAUGCCCAUGGCAGAGGGGCCAUGGGAGGGGGCCAGGGCCCAGCAGAUCCAGAGGGCAGGGAAUGCAUCGGGGGAGCAAUUCUAGCCAGAUCCUGCCAGGAAUCACCCCCAGCGAUGAAGGACUUCACUGAAAUCACGCUGUGCCCCGACAGGCUGGAACAGAGUAAGGUACAGGCAGCGGCAGGUGCCACUGGGGAGGGAGCUACAUGGGGUCUUGGCAGUGAACCCGCCUGGCCCAGAGCUCCCGCUGCUGGUGCCACAUCCUGCCCCUGGGGCCUGGCAGUCAUCUCCCAAGCCUGGACCCCUCAGUGCCAUGUGUUCCCCCCAGCUCACCCUCAAUACCAGGCACCCUUAGUCCCCUCCCCCAAGCCCUGGCACUGACCCCCAUCAUGGGAUCCACUCACCAUUGAGGCACCUGCUUGGGGUCUCUCCUUUCAGGUCUGACGCUCCCCCCAUCCGACAGCUGCUCCCGCUGCAUCCCACCUUGCUCUCCAGGGCUCCUGCUGCUUCCUCUGGGACUCAGCCAGGUCACUGUACUGUCCGCCCCUCCUGGAUCCAGUGUCCCAGUGCCAUUCCAGACAGUCCUUCUGCACCACAGCCAGGCCCUGUCCCACUUUCCCAGCAGCAGGGAAGGGAGCCAGGCCUGCCCACUACCCCAGGUUCCAGCCCUGGAGCGCUAUGCCCAGCAGCCACUGUCUGCUUGCUCUGAGGCCCCAGCACUAUUGCCCUGGACUCCUUCCUAUGCACUCCCCACCCCUGAUUUACUACCCAAACUCCCUCCCCCAGGAAGCAACUGCUUCCCCAGCAGCCCCUUCUGCUCUCAGCUUCAUCCCUUUAGACCACCCCACCUGAAAGUCAUCUUCCACUCAGCUUUACUGAGCCCUGGCUCUCCUCCUAGGGCAGCCCAUGAGGUUAAUUGAACUAAUUUAACAUGCUUUGCCUUGUGUGUGUGGGGGGGGGGGGACACCCCAUCACAUCCCCCUCCCACCAUGCCUCCUGUUUCAGCUCCCCAGCACUGACCCCUCCUGCCAUGUGCGCCUGUUCCCAGCACCCAGGGCUGGCCCCCUCACGCACACCCCAGCAGGGCACGGACUCCCAGCAUGCCCCAUGUUUCCCCCCACAGCCACCACAAAGCACUGUUCACCUCCCUGCAGCCCCAUACUGCACUUCUGUCCCAUGUGCCCCACCACGGGCACACCAGCCCCUUGGCCACCUGCUCUGUGUCUUGCAGACGGAGUUUUGCAAUCCCAUCUUCGAGCCCGAGAGCGAGGGGGCUGGCUGCGCGCUCCCCACCCCACACCAGACAGAGGGGGAGAACGGGACCAGCGCUGGAUCCCCCUGGGAUGGCCUCGCUCCCCCCGCAGGCCAGCCGCUCUGGAGCAGGGCGGGCAGGAAACACAGGCCCGACUGCACCUUCUCCUGGCUGUGCGUAGCACUGAUGAGCGCCUUGCUCUUGCUGCUCCUCGCCUUGCUGCUGGGGAUCAUCAUCUCCCAGCUGCAGUCUUCACGCCCGGCCGGCCCUUCCUCUGCGACCGCAUCUGCCCACCACAACGACACCACCACCACGUCACCUGCUGGCACAGCCGAGCCCAUGGCCACCGAGCCACCAAGAGAGCCACCCCCAACCACUACACCAGAGCCCUCCUGUGGGGGGACCCUGCAGGGCCCCGAGGGCUCCCUCAGCUCCCCCAGGUACCCUGCCCCCUACCCACCCAACACCCUGUGCAUCUGGCGCAUCCAGGUGGAGGACGGGCUGGCCAUCCAGCUGAAGAUUGAGUCGCUCAGCCUGGAAGGCACGAGGUGGUGCCUCUUUGACCGGGUGGAGCUGUACGAGGAGCUGGGGGUGGCCAGCGGCUCCCCUUGGGGAGGGACAUCCAGAUUUUGUGGGGACGUGGCGCCCCCGACAAUCAACACCAACUCCAACCGGCUGCGCGUCACCUUCGUCUCGGACAACAGUGUGGGUGCCCUGGGCUUCACCGCCCACUACCGCGCCAUCCUGCCCAGUGACAAGAGCUGUGCCUGGGACGAGUUUUUCUGCGACCAGGGGCUCUGCCUCCGCCUGGGCCUUGUCUGUGAUGGCUUCCACGACUGCACAGACAAGAGCGACGAAGCCAACUGCAGCUCGAGACACAAAGAAUGCGGUGGGUCAUUGACCAGCUUGGAGGGGCAGUUCUCCACCCCCAGCCACCCGCAGCCGUACCCACAUCAGCAGCUCUGUCUCUGGCAGAUCGCCGUGCCCGUGGGCCAUGUGAUCGAUCUGCAAUUCCACAACUUCAGCCUGGAGUCGCAGGAGGACUGCACCUUCGACUUUGUGGAGGUGCACGACAGUGCAGGCACGGACGCCCCCAGCCUCCUGGGCAGGUUCUGUGGCUCCCAACUGCCGCCCGUCCUGACCUCCUCACGACACGUCAUGACCGUCCUGUUCAUGGCAGAUGAGGGCGUGGCGGAGGACGGGUUCUUUGCCACCUACCGUGCCCGGAACGCCACGGAAAAAACAUGCAGCUCCUCGGAGUUCUCCUGCAGCAACGGGGAAUGUCAGGCACGGGAGUCGGUGUGUGAUGGCUGGCACGACUGCCCGGAUGGGAGCGAUGAAUUCAACUGCACGAGUGUCUCACCCCCCUCCUUUGAGUCCUCCUGCCAGCAGAUCCAAGUGGAGAUGUGCUUGGGCCUCAGCUACAACACCACCUCCUUCCCCAACAUCUGGCUGACCAUCCCAGACCAGCAGGGGGCGGCCACCAUGCUCCAAGACUACAAGACCCUGAUGGAGCUCUCCUGCUACCAGCACCUGCGCCUGCUGAUCUGCAGCCUCUUCGUGCCCAAGUGCACGCCGGACGGGGGCGUCCUGCAGCCCUGCCGCUCCGUGUGCCUGACGGCGGAGCAGCGCUGCCAGCAGGCCCUCAGCCUCCUCAGCAUCCUCUGGCCCAUCAACUGCAACGUCCUCCCCGACUCCAACGACCCUGUGGAGUGCUUCAAGCCGUGAAGGGGUGGUGAGGCCUGACAAGCAGAGGGGUGCGGCUGGCUCUCCCCGCAACCUGCUGACUUUGGGGCGGGUGGGGACUCGAAUCCUUCUCUCAGCUAUGCCCUCCCCUUCCUAUGCGUUUCCCUUCAGGGACCUCAGGACACAGGGCCAGGAGCCCCAAAUAAAGGUGCUGGAGAAGAAACCACCCACCCUGAGUCUGGGAGCCUGCUGCCCUAUAACUCCUCUUGGUAUCCCCCAUAACAGUCCCCUAAGGGAGCCACCAGGGGUGGCCCUAAGUGCCUGGAAGGCGACUGACUGGCUGUUGGGGUCCCCACACUGCAUAGCCACUGCACUUCGGCAACGCCUGGCCCCACCUCCCCAGUCCUGCAGUGGGGCUAAAGCGUCAGCCGGCUCGUGCCUUCUUCUCACCCACCACAUCCUCCGAUACACCCCGUCCGAGCAGAGGGGGAGGCGACUCUCUACUCCCCCCACCCCAGUCUACUUCCUGCAGCAAGGUGACAGCUCCCUCCCAGCUGACCCAAGAAUGGUACCUGCACCUCUGACAUAAGGAGCCCAGGGGCAGCCCUCUUUGUCCUAAUGUCCCCAGUCCCAGCAGAGCACACACCUGGGCCUGGCUGAGCGGCCAUUGCCCAUCGCCCGCCUCGUGCUCGGCACACGGCAAGGCCCAGCGCUGUCGAAGGGGGAAAGGCUGCUUUUGGAUUGGGCAUGGGACUCAGGAGAGCCGAGGUCAGUUCUCAGCUCUGCAAUAGACUCCCUGCAUGACUGGGGGAAAAGAAAAAAAUAAAUCCUUCUAUGACUCA